CUGAGGACUAUGUAGGAAUUCCUGACUGAAGUCAUGGGUUCGGAGGCUAUGGAGGAUUGCGUGCAGGGGGCGCUCUCGUCGCUUUAUCCUCCUUUCGAGAGCACAGCACCACCCCUCCUCUCCCAGGUCUUCUCAGUCCUGGAGUCGACCUAUCAACACGACAGUCUUCGCUACCUCCUGGACUACUUUGUUCCUGCCAAGCACCUCCUGCACAAACUCCAGCAGCACGCCUGUUCUCAGUACCUGGGUUGCUUGUUCCUUCACUCCGGCUGGCCUCUGUGUCUGGGCGAGAAAGUGGUCGUCCAACUCUCAACCUUGGACUGGAGGCUCCUGCGUAGUAAUGACUUCUACCUGCAGGUGGUGCCCUUCUCGACACGCUGUCCCCGACUGGCUCUGAAAUGUCUGGCCCCCGGGGGGCGCACUGUUCAGGAAAUCUUGGUACCUGAGUCACAGCACCCUCUUGUUUUCACCACUGAGUGGCUGCACAGUGUCAACAAAGAACGGGGCCACAAGAGAGAAGUUGGAGGAGGGCUUGACACCUGCCUGGUCAGUACAUGUGAUGGUGUGGUGCGACUCCCGUGGAAGGAGGUUGUCUACCCAAAAUUCAUCCACGACCCCUCCGAGGAGCUGGGCCUGAUGUCCAACCACGAGGGCUCCAUAUCCAACCGCCUGCCUAGUGAAGGGGGCAGCAGCCUUGGGGGCUGGGGUGGUUCAUCCUCUGGAGAACUGGACUCAUGGUCCUGGGAUGAGGAGGAAGAUGAAGAUUUACCACCAGACGGCCUGGACUCUGAGUCUGCACUCCCCCGGCGAAGGCGCAGUGAAGAUGGGCUUGGGCGGACAGUGAGGCACCCUCAGCUCGACGGGGACUAUGUGGAGCUGUUGGAGCCCAGAGGGGGUCCUGAUGGUGGGGUUGACCCAAGGCAAAGGUACCUGGAGAUGCAUGGGAUCUGUAAGACCAAGACUUUGCCUCUGUGCCGGAGAGGUAAAGCCAUCAAACUCCGCAAGGGGAAAGCUUGGGGAUACGGGAGAAUGGAAAGGUCAGGAAGCUUUCGGGCUAUCCUUGGCGCCAAAGGAGACAUUGCGCCCCCCAAGGGUGACCAGUUACCACCUCGGCCUCUGCCAGGAGUCCCUGAAUCUGGCAGAGGGAGGCGGUCUUAUUCCUCCUCUGUCCAUGACUCUGACGAAGGAGAUAAAACAAGCAGAGACUCCGAGGGCCUUGAAAGCCGCCACCUUUAUUUUGAUGGCCCAUUCAAAGAGAGGAGGCCAGGCGUGGGCAGGGAGAGAGAUAGCAACGGCCUCAUGCAGCCGUGCAGAGAUGACCACAGAAGUAAAGACUCUGAGAGCGGCGACAGUUUGGUCACAAAUGAAAUGCAUGUCUUGACGAACCACAAAGUCGGGCAUGUUAUAGAGGGCCACUCAGAUCACGGAUCUCAUUCAGACUCGGUUUUUGAGGAUACUGAUAAACCACUGAGCGGAGACAGUGAUGCCACAACCCCAACAUCAGAAGCACCAGAGAGACCAUUCACUGGAGUUUCAGAAAGCGGAGAGAUUGCUAACAGUGGGUCUAAAAUGAAGAAUUCGUCUAACCCAAAGCUGGCAGAGGAAAGGGAUGAAGGAAAGACCGAGGACAGAAUGUGUCCUAGAGGAAAAGAGGUCAAAACUGCGGGAUUCAGAGCGCCAAGGAGGAAAAGGAAGGGAAAGGGGGCCAAAGGGAGGGCUAGAUCUGGCGGCCGUGCACACCAGAGGGGCUCGAAGCCGCAAGCUAAAGCUCCUCAACCAAGUCCCACCACCUGCUCCGCUUCAACGAAGCUGCCCAUCACGGAGGAGAACCAGUCGGAACAAACAGGGCAGGCUGACCAACCUGACGGCGUGUCCACUACAAAUACAGCGAGCACCGAGAACACAAAGAAAAGCAGUACAGAGACAGAAGCUGAACCUUUGACAGUCUGUAAUGGCCAAUCAGGCACAUCCUUAUUUAACCACUCUAAUGAGGAGGCGGGAUCAGGAGAGACAUGUCCUGACCAAUUGAAUGGCGUUACAUCUAAAGAGCCUCCCCUGCUUAGGGAGUUGGACACAGAACUUCUCCAGUCAGGGAAGCUGCAGUUGACAGGUACCAUGGACAGGUUGGGACGUGCUCUGGUUGUUACGGCGACAGAUGUAUCAGAGGAGGGUUUCUGUGAGGAGGAGGUGGCCCGGGUUCUGGCCUGCUACCACAGAAUCACUCGGCCGGCAGCCAAAGAAAAAGGUCUCACAGUGUUAAUGGACAGCAGACGCUCUCCACCCUCCGCUCUCUGCCUCUCUGCGCUUAAAACGUUCCAGAUGCUGGUUCCUGGCGGUCUUGGAUCUGUUCUGGUUUUGGUGGAAGAGCAGCAGGAGUCCCUUCCUCAUAAUCUAGAAGGCGCAGAGAUCCACAUGGUGCGAGGAACGGGGGUCCUUCAGCAGUUUGUGGACAAGCAGCAGCUGCUCACACAGAUGGACGGAGAGUUCACCCACUGUCACUCAGACUGGCUGGCCUUCAGACUAAGCCUGGAGAGUCUGACAGAGCGUUGUGAGAGCGCCCUCUCACUGCUGGGAGAGGCACUGCAGUCUAUGGACACUGAGCCAAUGCCAGACAACAUCAAGGCGGUUCCUCUGUGCAUCGACAAACACAGGCAGCUCAUGGUGAGCGUCCUGGCCGACCAACGCUUAACUGAACUGCAGCAGAGGGGCGGGGCCUGGCUCGCAGGAUUGACCAAUAGUGCAUCUGGACUAGCGCAGAAGUCGCCAGACUGCAGGGCGGCCCUCGCUGCGACCUCGAAACUCUACGACAGCGUGGAUGACGCCCUCCAUAGGCUCGUCCGAGAGUCCAACCAGAGAGGUCGCGACCUGGAAGCUCUGGGACGACUGGCGCGGCUGGUGGACAAACUGGAAAAGUGUGAUCAGGAGAUUGAGCAAGUCCAGUCACAGCUGGACGAUUACAAGGACCCUCCUCUCUCCCUCAGCAGACUCUCCCUCAAGCAGCAGAAGUUCAAGACCUUCAGGGAAACAGCAAAUGAGCUGCACAGUGAGACUCUGUCAGUGCUCAAUGACUUGGAGGGCUGGUGCGAGCUGGACUGGGCAGGCCUGAGCCAAGUGCAGAUCCGCCUUCCUCUAGUGAGGGAGAAGCUGAGAGACAUGUCCCACUGUCUGUCUGACUGCUGGACCACGCUGGACAACACACAGAGGCUGCUGUCCACACUGACUGAGGCCACCCAGUGGUGUGAUGCAGUUUCCUCCACCUCCUCCUCCCCGUCUUCCUCUUCUUCCACCUGUCCUCUGGCCUCCCUCCCUCCCAUCCCCCCGUCACGUUUCCAGGACGCUCGGUCAUUAGCUAUAGAGCUUGGUGGCGGGGCGCUCCUGGACCUCUGGACCCACACAGUAGAGCGCUACCAGAGGACUGUAGCGCAGGUCAAACCCCGGUUCCUCCAGUCUGACAGGAGCCAGAAUCAGGGCCAGGGGAAGCCCAAGAUGCCCUCGGCAAGCAGCCUGUGGGACCUGAUGGGUCCUGAGGGAGAGGGCGACUGGGGGCUGGGAGCCGGAGGAGGUGAGGGGGGGCUGCAGUCCUGGGGAUCCCUGGCAUCGCUGUUCAGGCCGCAGACCUGCUCCACACUGAAGAUAGGAGAGGAGAAAGGGAAUAAGAAAGAUGGAGCAGGGGGAGGAAGUGGAGGAGGAACAGGAGGAGCUGGAGGAGGGAAGUUCCUGCAGAACCUUCUGAAUCCUGCAAAGAAGAGCCCCACAGAGGCCCCGCUCCCUCCCAAGCCCCCCAGAAAGCGCCACCCAAGCUUCGACCUCCAGGCUCUCCUGGCCCCCCGCAGAGGCACGGCUACCCCCAAACCUGCCGAGUCUCCGGUGGGCGGGGUGAGCCGUCACUCCCCCAUGUCCUGGCUGGGGAGGCGGGCGGUAGCUGACCCGGUUAUCGCUACUAGCAUGGCUGCAGCUAUCCCUGGAUGGGGCAGUGCUCCUGCGGGAGGUGGCAGUGGAGGAGGAGGAGGAGGGGGAGGAGGAGGAAGUGGAGGAGGGGUGUUGAUUCGAGGAGUGGAGGUCAGCAGCAAGGAGGUGGUGGACCACACAGGGUCGCCACGGCAACACGUGCUGCUGGGGAGGACCGAGAGGGAGACGGGCACGGACAGAGCCGGUUCAACUGCCCAGAGUAAGCUCUACCUGCUGUGGUGCAGGAUGCUGAGUUCAGAGCGGCAGUAUGUGGCUGUGCUUAAAGGGGUAGAAGAGACAUACCUCCCUUUGCUGGAGCUCUCAGACACCCCAGCCUCCAUCAGGGGGAAGGCCGACACCCUCUUCCCCAACUGGGCCAGCCUCAGCUCCUUUCACUCGCAGAACCUUCUCCCUGCCAUGGAGGGUGCUCUUGUGCAGAGCUUGUUGCAACAGGACUGCUUCAGCAAAUAUCGGGAGCAGUUCCUGCAGUAUUCCCACUACAUCAGGGCUAAACCAGAACUGGACUCUCCACUGGUCACGCAGGCUGCCGACUUCUUUAAGUCCAAACUCCCCGCAGCCUCCCCCCUCUCCCCUCUGUCCUUCCCUCACUGUCUCCAGGCUCCCACUCAGCGACUGGAGCAGUACUGCGAGGCCGUGGAGGAGCUGGGAGGGUUAAACCCCGCCUCCGACUCCGCCCUCUCCACCCUGAGACACGCCCAGCGGCACGGCGAGGACCUCAGGGCCAGUGACCUCAUCGCCGGAUGUCCGAUCCCCGUGGCGGAGCGCGGCGAGCUGGUGCGGCAGGGUGAGCUGACGGUGUGCGGGGGAGCCCGGAGGAAGCGGGCAGGUGUGAGGAACGUGUUCCUCUACCAGCACGUCGUCAUCUUCACCAAACAGAAGAGCACCGGCUCAGGACGCAUCGCCUACAGCUACAAACACAGCAUCAAGACGGGUGAGAUGGGUCUGACUCAGAGCGUCGGCGAGGACGGACUCAAGUUUGAACUUUGGGUCCGUCAGGCUCCGCGAACCAAAGACUGCAUCACGCUGCAAGCGCAGGACAGGGAGGGCAAGCAGGCCUGGACUCAUGACAUUGCUCAUCUGCUGUGGACACAUGCCAUCAACAACACAGAGCUGUGUCUGAAGGAGUCACUCUGCAUGGGAAUUUCCAGUAAGCUGCUGCUGGACGCGACAGGGACUCCAGGCUCAGAGCUGGACUCCAUCUACAGUCUCAAUGACAGAGUCCACAGUAGCUGCUCAGACUCCUCCUCUGUCGGCAGCCAGAAGGAGGGGGGAUCCCCGGCGUCUGGGAGGGACCCCAGGAGAAGCUCCGGAUCAACAAGUUACUCACAGAGUCAGUCUCCCUCUACAGCUGUGUAGCUGUCAUCGCAAUAAGAAAACUGGACCCUGGACUUUCUAAGCAUCUCUACUCCACCUGUGGGCGAGCCAAACUGGACCUCGGGGGGCAAAGAAGACAAAAAAGAGAGACCCUCGGACUCUAUUUGAACUUCUCCCACAUGCUUGCUCUCCUUCCCCCUUUCCCCCUUGCCCCCUUCACCCCCUUAAAACAAAUAAAAAGCCAGCAGAUUAGCCGGAGUAGCUCUGCUCUGCCUUCUCUCGUUUUAAACAGCUCUGAUACGAACCCCUCGAAGAAAAGCUGCAUCCAAAAAGGAUCAAAACUGCCCUGUUUAAAGCAUGACAAGCACCAGCAGGGCUCUCUGCACUCCGCCAUUUUGGAUCUGCCAGUCUCAGUUGCUGGCAGAGUCAUUGACACCAAAGGCACUUCAGCCACACAGUGCGGCCAUUGUCUGCCCUGCAGCUCCCCACUAGGCCAAACCACUUGGUCUGAACCACUGACUGCCUGGCUGGCUGACUGUAUGCAUCACAUGCUCCAGCAUCUGAUAAUAAACAGGAAGUAAUAUGCAGGGCGUAAAUCCACCGUAGGAUUGCAGAUUUAGAAUGUAUUAUGUACUUUGUCAUUUUCACAACGCUGAAUGGACUACUGUAGACUUUCUUUUUUUUCUCCCUGCCUGUGUAAAAAUGCGUGGCAUAGGCUAGGUGUGAUUGCAUCUAUGUAAAUGAGGCAGGGGUGGUGUGAGCAUGCACACACACACACACAAACACACACACACACAAAUACAGACACACACACACAGUGUCCCUCAACACAUGCAGUCAUUCUUAUUGUUAUGAGACAGUGAAGCACUGUUCACAUUCACAUGCUCACACAUACUCACUGUGGCCAUUUUAGAGCCUGGCACAGUGGCUAAAUCAACGACAGGCAAGGUUGCAUCUCAACACAUACAGUGAGCAUUGCCUUGAUGAUGAAUGGAAACAUCUUACAGUAUCAUAUCUUACUGCUAUACGUCCCUGUUAAGCUAAUGGUAUUGUUUUUAUUAACAGUGGUAAGAAUCUAAAGGCGACAUUGUAUUUAGUCUCUAAAGUGUAACUUAUGUCAGCAACAUGGUGCCUUAAAACUGUUCCUCAGUGUACUGAUGAGAACUGAUUAUGAAUUUAACAUUAUACCUUUUAAUAUAAGAUGCCAUACUCUAUAUUCCAAAGUAUAAAAUGGGUGUAUGUGCAAUUUUGAUUUGUGUACAAAGAAGUAUUGACGUUACAUUUAGUCUAAGCUUUCCCACUUGGAAGGCGCUCUCCAUAAAAUGGAGAAAGGUGGGUCUGUUCGAUGUGCUAUAUUCUGGUUUUACUGGUUUUGUGCUUGCAGCGAGAAGACAUGAACUACAUUUACUGUUCUUAAAGAAGUAAUGUAAUCAAAGAUGACUUCCUAUUCCAUUUCAAGAUUAGAGUGUUUGACAUGGUGCAGCUGUGAUGUCAGGGAACUGCUUUACUCUAAAUUUUAAAGGAAUAGUUUGCACUUUCUUUGCAAGAGCUAAAGGAGAAGCUAAAUUAGCUUAGCUUAGCACAAAGACUGGAAGCAGAGGGAAACAGCUAGCCUGGCUCUGUCCAAGGGUAACAAAAAAAAACAAAAAAUAAACACCUGCCAGCAUCUAAGUCUUACCAAUUAACACAUUAGGCUAUAUCUUGUUCGUUUAAUCUGUAAAAACCUAUGAUUAUUGGCCAAUGUUUGCAUUAUCUGCUGUUAGCUAAAUCUUUGAAAUACGAUUUAAAAAAACUUAAAAUGCAUUUAAAGGACUGAAAAAUGUGAUUAACGUUAAUUUGUUACUGCCUUCACAACUUUGAAAUUUUAGGAAAUAUGCUUUAAAUAUGAGUUAGAUGAUGUCAAUCCAAUGUCCGUGGAGUAAAGCUACAGCCAGCUGGUUAGAUUAAAUUAGCAUAAAGACUGGAAACAAAGGUAAAACCAAAGCGUAUCAAUUUUACACUAAAAAUUUGAUAAACAGGCCAAGUGAAAGAGAGAUGUGUUUGUUAGUGAGCUUUGCAGAUGGAUUGUGUUACUUUCAGACAGAGUUAACUUGCUGUUUCCCCCUGCUUCCACUCGUUGCGCUAAGUUAAACUAAGCUAACUGACUCUUGCCUGUGUAUUCAUGUUGUCCAGAGAGAGGGUAGAGUGGUAUCAGUCUCCUUAUCUAACUCUUGACAAGUGAGUAAGCACAUUUCUAAAAACAUGGAAGCAUUCCUUUCGGAUAUCGUGUCUCAAAACUAAUGGAACAAAAGAUAAAAAUAACUUCCACUUCUGUAGAACAGCAACUUAACCUCUACCACUCUACCAAACUUACUAAUGGAUCCAUUAAUAGAAAAAUAUGUUACACUGUACACUGAGUUUUAUUCAGAUCCUCAAAACUGAAAAUUUCCAUAUACAUGACAGCACUGAAUAUGUACUAAAUAAUGCACAAGAUAUCUAGAACAUGUCAUUUUUUUGUUAUGGUGCAGCAGUAAAAACUGUUUCCAUAUUUCAUACAGUGAUGUAGUUCAUAUUUCAUGACAGCGAAGAUGGAGCCGGUAAAACCAAUCAACAUCCACUCACUGGUUUGAUUGUAUAGCGUGUUUAUCAAACAAUAUCAUGCUUAAGGUACAAUAUGAAACCAUCAGGUAGCGAGAGUCGGCAGCAGUGGGAGGUCAUGCUUGUUUCUGCAGACAGCAGUGGCCAUUUGUCGCCGUUAUCAGAUUUAGCACGUUUCAUAUCUGCAUCCAAAUUCAGAAAUUGCAAAUGGCUAUUGAGCCGUUUCUGAAUCAAUAUGUAAUUUGUUGGCUUGGAGAAAACCCCCGUAUACUUCAUAGCCUUUAGCUGUUUGGUACAUUGCGUUAUAUUGGAAGCAAUGUAAUGAACACCAUCUUUCAUUCUUACUGCAGUAUAGAUUGUCAUAUGCAGAAUCCCUCACUUUUGUAUGCCAUAGCAAGGCAGUAUUAAUGUAUAGAAACUUUUCUCUCUGCUCUUUUUCUAUGACACACUCUGCCUGAUGUUUACAAUUUUUGAAGGAAUGUUGGAAAUGCAUGUUAUGCUUACUUGAUAAUUGUACUUUGACUGUUUUUUUUUUUACUGUUCUGUGUUGAAUUAAAACUGGAUGGAAGC